CGGGCCGGGGGCGGGCGCGCAGCUGGAGCCUGCGGCGGAGGCUCGGGCGCGCUGAGUCCCGGAUCCUGGCGGCCUGGGCGGCUGCACCAUGGACUCGGGAACCGAGGAGUACGAGCUCAACGGCGGCCUGCCUCCGGGCACACCCGGCUCCCCGGACGCCUCGCCGGCCCGCUGGGGCUGGAGGCACGGGCCCAUCAACGUGAACCAUUACGCCAACAAGAAGAGCGCAGCCGAGAGCAUGCUGGACAUCGCGCUGCUGAUGGCCAACGCGUCCCAGCUGAAGGCCGUCGUGGAACAGGGCCCCAGCUUCGCCUUCUAUGUGCCCCUGGUGGUCCUCAUCUCCAUCUCCCUUGCACUGCAGAUCGGCGUGGGGGUGCUGCUCAUCUUCCUUGGACCCUGGAUGCUGCCUGCCCUGCAACUCAGCUGCCCGACCCCAGGAGCCGCCGUACCUGUGAGGUGUCCACCUCCCUGCACAUGGCACUACCCAGACUGCCAGAGCCCAGGCUGGCCUCAUCUGCACCAUGUCCCCGGGCCAGCCCUUGCUCUGACUGUGACCAAGCACCAUGCAGGAGGCCACUCUUGUCUCUCAGCAGCUGUUCCCAGGAGGCAGCUCCCUCCUGGCACAUGGGGGCUGGCCACAAUAGCCCAGAGGGUCAGAACUGGACAGCCGCAGAGACCUGUGCCUAGAGAAGGGUCUCGACCCACUCAAGGACACACAGCAGGUCCGUGGAUGGGCUGGAUGAGGGACCAGGGCCAGCCUCUGUCUCAGGACAUUCCAGAAGGACAAGGAGAUGUCCCUCCCUCUCCCGAAGCACCAGCGUCCCCGCCUCCCGUGGGCCCUGUCCGGGUUGCCCUGGUGACCCCAGCCUCUAUCUACUUCCUAACCCAGGGACCCUGCACAGCCAGAACUGCCUUUGACCCUACUGAUGGCCACUGGCUCUGGUUUUAAGUGCCUGGGCUUGGUGGCCAUCAAGAGGGAGCCAGUCAGGCCUGUGAGGGCCGUAGACCUUGUAUAUACCCUGCACCAGCAGUGACUGGGCAGAGCCCAGCCCCCUCCAUGGGGGUCCCAGCACCCACUUUUCUAAUCAUGAAUGACCAAUAAAGCCCAUGCUCUUUGUCGGGCUUCA